AUGAUUAAUGCUAAUUGUGGUUUCUGUCAGACAGGAGUUGAGAGUAUAUGCCAUGUUUUGUUUACUUGCCCUAAAGCGAAAGAGACAUGGGACCUCUCCCAAAUCCCUUUACCACCGGCAGGUUUCUCUCCUUCCUCAGUCCUCUUAAACCUGCAUUACCUUCUGAGAUGCAACAGGUCACCGAACAUAGCCAGUAAUAUCCGUCAAAAAUUUCUUUGGAUCUUAUGGCACCUGUGGAAAGCACGUAAUGCCCUUACCUUUGAGCUGACACAGUCUGAUCCAUCAUCAAUCAUGCAGCGUGCUACCGAAGAUUCAGAGACCUGGUUUAAGGUGGAUGCCCCUGUUACUCAGUCUGAUGUUCCAUCUCGAGAAGAAAGGUCCGUAGGCCCCCAAUGGAAGAAACCUAUGCCUCAUUCCCUGAAGUGUAAUAUUGGAUGCUGUUGGGACCCUGUCAGUGGUAAUGUUGGUGCCUCCUGGCGGAUACGUGAUCACGCUGGAUCGGUUCUCUUUCACAGUCGGCGUUCCUAUUCGAGGAUCUCAUCUUUGGCUGAAGCUGAGCUGCUCAGUUUCAUCUGGGCCAUCGAAUCUACACAGGGCCUGCGGUUUGGAAGAAUGCUAUUUGAAUCCCCCCUUCUCCAGGCUAGGAAGGUCCUCCUUGAACCUCACCUAUAUCCGCAGCUCCGGCCGCUGGUGGACGCUAUCUUCUCCUUCCUCCGUACCUUUGACUCUUGGAGUCUUGAACACAUUGCCUUCUCAGCUAACAUGGUUGCUAAUGCUAUUGCUCACAGUGUGAUCACAGGCUACUGGUAUCAGUAUCAGUCCUACAUCGCCAGAAAUGGUCCGGUUUGGCUGAACAACAUCACCUCUGCUGAAGCUUUGGCGACAUAA